AAAACUUUUGCCCUCUCGAGACAUGUUUUAAUCCGCCGAAAAAAAGUACUUGAACUAACAAUUUUCACCUAACAAAUUGUAACUAUUAUUCAUUUUGUUCGGGACUUCCCUUAUAUUAUUUACGUAUGAAAAUGACUUGUUUGAAAAGAUAAUGUUGUUUUACGUUUGAUAACAAUUUUUUACUUACGAUUUAUUGUCUUUUUUUUUUAGUUUCGACAGCUCGACUAAGUACUACACAGACUGAUAGCGGCAAGUCAUGGCGAAAUGUUAAAUACAGUAUGUCGUGUCGGCAGUGGUGAUCAACUGCGGGAUGACAACGCCGCUUCGGUCGAUUUAGACAAAUCGCUAUGGUUGCAAGCAUGCUGGAUCCGUUUAUGGGAUCGAUGGGCAUUCGAACAGCGCAACCAAGUGUUAUACCAAAUGUAUAUGAACCAUGCCCUGUCUCGAGAACGAUCCAAACUGACUCUCGCAGGCGGCCGAAUAGUAUCGUCCAGGUCGCGUAAACCUGGCGGCCGUGGCCACGCACCAUCCGACAGAUACCAUCGGAAUUCUCCGUCCACCACAGGGGGAGUGGAUGUAGGUGUCCGAGAUCUACGGGUCCUUUCUGCAGCCGUGGACAAGUUGCGGGCGUCCGGUUGGUAUUACGAAGGAGCUGAAUCGCAAGCACGAGCCAGCAACUCUUUGACUAAAAUGCCUGCCGGAGGAUUCUACGUGCGCGAUUCCAAGCACCCCGGCUACCUUUUUACAAUGGAUAUUCAAACGGCUGACGAAGGACAAUUGAGCGUCCGAUUCACGUAUUCGGACGGCGUGUUCGGGUUGGAUUCAAUGCCUAGACUGUCCGGUGGCCUGCAAGUUCCAAAGUUUCGGUGUCCUAUAGAACUAAUUGACUACUACGUAAGACUGUCCCGUAUCGAUACAUCUCGUCGAGUGCUUCCGUAUCCCGCGUGGACUAAUCGGCGAGGACAAUGUUUCUCCUGGAUGAAUCUUCAAAUACCGAUGAUUAAGACUGAUGCUAAAGGGUUCCCGUCCCUGAAGCACUUGGCUCGUUUAGUGAUUAAUAGACACAAGUGUCUGAUCACCAUCACUCCUACAUCACUACCGAAUGAACUGAUUGAAUAUUUAAUACAAUAUCCGUAUAGCCUGUGAUUAUGUAAUAAUUUAUUUUUUCAAUUAAUAAUUUCUUACAUUAUAUUCUAUUCUAUUAAAUUAUUUUAUAUAAAUUAGUGUUGUAGUUAUUAGGUACCUAUUGUCAUCGAUUUUAUGAAACUUUUUUAAUACUCUUAGAAUAUUUUUGUCGAUAUUAUUGGCAUGCAAUUAUAAAGAAAACGUUUUCUUUAUUUUCAUUAAGUCUGAAAGAUUAGUCUUUCAUAUUAAUAUGUAUAAUUUAAUACUAUUGUAGAAUAUUUAAUAUCUUUAGGCAAUACCAAUAACAACAAUUAGACUACCUAGUGUUAAUUAUGUUAUUGAAUUUAUUAGUAUUACGUAUGCACACAAUAUUUUCAAUGUUUUGUUUUCAUUUUUUUAUAUAUAUCAUGUUAUAAAUUAAUUUUAAUUGCACACAUUUUAUUAUUCCUAUUUAUUAU